AUGAUAACAACUAUGAUUCUAUCUAUGAUAUUCCUUCAUCCCUAUAAUUUUGCUGUUAUUGUUAGUAUUAUUUUACUUGUUACAUUAAUUUGUAUUUUUCUCUAUGUACAUCGAUUGUAUAAUAAAAAAAGAAGUGAAACUGUUAUUAUUGAAAAACAUUUAUUAUAUUCAUCUCCUACAUCAAUAACACCAAAUCGUUUCAUUUUUCCAUUAUCAAAAUUACCAAACACUGAUAAAAUUGAAACAAAUACAGAAUCAACACCUAAAAUCACUCGUAAUAUAUUAACACAAUGUUCCAUUAAUGAAAUAUCACCUAAUUAUAGAACAUUUGAUUUAACUAAACAAGCAUCUUCUGAUUCAUCAGAGGAAAGUUCAAUUCAUCGUCACUCACAACCUCCAUCAUUUUCAUUCGGUAAAAUUAAAUCAAAAUUUCAACAAGUUCAUUCAACAUCAUCACCAAUUUCUUCUUAUCCUCAAGGAAAUAUAAAUUCAGAAGAAAGAUCAAUUGUAUCAUCUGAUUCUGAUGAUAUAGAUAAUGAAAUAUUAGCUUCAGAAAUAUCUUCAUUUGAAUAUUCUCUUGUUGAAUUAUUUCGUAUUGAAUUAAUUUAUAAAUUAUAUUAUUUAAUAAAUAAUAAUCAACUUGUAUUUCAAAUUGUACGAUUAACACCAAUGCAAUCAUUAAUUGAACAAUGUUUUCCAUCACUUCUAUGUAAAAUACGUUUAUUUACAGAUAAUGAUAAACAUAAAAAUAAAAAAUAUUCAUCAAAAAAAGAUCCAAUUAAUGAUUUAUUUAAAUUUGAUUUAGAACAAUUUGAUUUAGAAAAAAGUUAUUUAAAAUUACAUAUAUUAGGAUAUGAUAAAAAUGGUAAACAUUUUGAAUUAGGUCAAACUGUUCUUGUUAUUAAUCAACAUAAUCAAGUAAUGAUUAGAUCGGAAAAUCAUAAUUAUGGUGAAGAUUUAAUAAUGUCUAAACAAUAUACAAAAUCGAUUCAAAUUUAUGAAGAUCGUAUUGAUAUGAUUAUUCGACAACAAACUAAAGUUGCAAAUGAAGCUCGUGCAUUAAUUUGUUUAGUUUAUGAAAGUGAUCGAUGUCUUCUUCAUGUUGGUGUAAUUAAAAUACAUGGUAUUCAAUAUCUUUUUAAACAAUCAACAAAUCAUUUUCAUCAUCGAGAUCAAAUUCAAAUUCAAAUUUGUACAAUAGUUGAUGAAAAAAUAACAGGAAAAAGAAAAUCAAAAUUAAUUCCAAUUACGAAAGGUAUUUGUACAUUUAGUACAUCAUUUCAUUUUGAUUAUGUUUCACUUCAUAAAACAUUAAUACGUAUAACAAUAUUUUAUCGACGAUCAUUAAUUAGUACACAUGGUAAACCAAUAUCAAUGAUUGAAUUUGGUUCAACACAAUUAAAAAAUCAACAAACUUUUCAACAUUGGACUGAUACUUUAUCAUCACCAGAUCGACCACAUGUUCAUUGGCAUAUACUUGAAUUGAUACAUACAAUCAAUGAAAAAUAG